AUGAGUGGAGUCAGCGAAGGUCUGGAUGUUUUACUGGCCAGGUCCUCACUUGAAGAUGAAGACCAGAUAUUCAAAUAUUUGUAUGGAAAGAGAUUGCCGUAAGUGUUACAAAUCUCUGUUACCACAUGACUUGCAGUAAGUUGGAAUUCUCAGCAGAGGCCAAAGAAUUGGCCGAAAAAGAGAACUUUGAAUUGACCGGAUAUAAAUUCGAGGUCUCAAAUGAACAACUCAGGAGGCCACGGGUUGUGAGGGUGGCGGGGAUUCAGAAUCAGAUCGUUGAAGCGACCGAUGCCCCGAUUUCUACCCAAAGGGAUUCCCUCCAUCAACGGGUGGGGAAGAUGAUCGAGGCCGCAGCUUUGGCCGGGGCCAAGAUAAUUGGUCUUCAAGAGGCGUGGAGUAGGUGAAACAUUGUCACUGUAUUCUUUUUAUUAUCGGUAUUUACCCCUUAUUUCAGCAAUGCCUUUUGCCUUUUGCACCCGGGAGCGUCUUCCAUGGACGGAAUUUGCAGAAUUGGCCGAGAAUGGAGUGACAACUCAAUUCUUGAAGAAGGUGCGGUACUCUGAUUUAAUCAUUUAUGUCUUUAGUUGGCCGCCGAACUCGGAGUUGUCAUUAUUUCCCCAAUUCUGGAAAGAGAUGACAAGGAUGACGUCAUCUGGAACACGGCAGUGGUCAUCUCACAUACUGGAAAUGUCAUCGGAAAAACGAGAAAGAAUCACAUCCCCAGGGUCGGAGACUUUAACGAGGUAAACUUAAUAUUUUUGAUUCUUCAGACUUGGAUUUUUGUAUACAGUUAGUAUGUUGAUUUCAGUCAACCUAUUACAUGGAAAGUGAACUUGGACAUCCAGUGUUUGAAACGGCGUUUGGCCGCGUCGGGAUUAAUAUCUGUUAUGGCCGUCAUCACCCCCAGAAUUGGCUGAUGUACGCGUUAAAUGGGGCUGAAAUUAUUUUCAAUCCCUCGGCCACCGUGGACGGACUCAGCGAGGCUUUAUGGCCGAUUGAGGCCCGAAAUGCGGCCAUUGCCAAUCACGUUUUCACAGUCGCAAUCAAUCGUGUCGGGACCGAGGUGUUUCCUAACGAAUUUACCAGUGGAAAUGGGAAACCGGGUGGGUUUAAUUCCGAACGUGGAGGGUAUCUUCUACUUGCUUCUUUUUUCAUCCAUUGAGUUUCAGCUCAUCGAGACUUUGGCCAUUUCUACGGCAGCAGUUUCAUAGCCGGCCCAGAUGGCUCCAGAACUCCAGGAGCCUCCAGAGUCCGUGAAGGCGUUAUCAUCGCUGAAAUCGACUUGAAUCUGAAUCGACAGACAAAAGAUUCAUGGGGAUUUAAGGUAAUUUAGGGAGUUUUAUAUUAAGUUUUCCAGAUGACUCAGCGUCUUGCUUUGUAUGGUGAGAAGUUUUCUGAGGCAGCCAAGGCCGACUACAAACCGCAGAUCAUCAAAGAGGCCUAG